CUCCUCCGCCCAGGGCGGGCGCGGGCAUCUCGGAGCCGCGGGCUGCGGGGCGAGGGGCCGGCCUGGAGCGCCAUGAGUAGCCCGGAUGCGGGAUACGCCAGUGACGACCAGAGUCAGGCCCGAAGCGCGUUGCCAGCGGUGAUGGCCGGGAUGGGCCCCUGCCCGUGGGCCGAAUCGCUGAGUCCCCUCGGGGACAUGAAAGUGAAGGGCGAGGCGGCAGCUGGAAGUGUCGCGACCGCCGGGGCUUCUGGCCGGACCAAGGGCGAAUCUCGUAUACGGCGGCCCAUGAACGCCUUCAUGGUUUGGGCGAAGGACGAGCGCAAGCGGCUAGCGCAGCAGAAUCCAGACCUACAUAACGCCGAACUGAGCAAGAUGCUAGGCAAGUCGUGGAAGGCACUGACGCUGGCGGAGAAACGUCCUUUCGUGGAGGAGGCCGAGCGGCUACGCGUGCAACACAUGCAGGACCACCCCAACUACAAGUACCGGCCGCGGCGCCGAAAGCAGGUGAAGCGGCUGAAGAGGGUGGAGGGCGGCUUCCUGCAUGGCCUUGCAGAUCCGCCAUCAGCCGUGUUGGGUCCCGAGGGCGGUCGCGGGGGCAUGGACGGUCUGGGCCUGCCUUUCGCGGAUCAGGGCUUUCCCUCGGGCGCGCAGCUGCUGCCCCCGCACAUGGGCGGCCACUACCGCGACUGCCAGGGCCUGGGCGCGCCCCCACUCGACAGCUACCCGCUGCCCACCCCCGACACGUCCCCGCUGGACGGCGUGGAGCCGGAUGCGGCCUUCUUCGCAGCUCCACUGCCCGCGGACUGCCCGGCGACUUCGGGCGCUUACAACUACCCGCAGGCCUCGGACUACGUCGGGCCUCCAGAGCCACACACAGCACCCCUGCACGCCCGGCUGGGUCCCGAGCCCGCGGGCCCCGCUCUGCCAGGCCUUCUGGCGCCCCCCAGCGCCCUGCACAUGUACUACGGCUCUUUGGGUUCACCGGCGGCUACGGGCAGCGCGCGCUGCUUCCAGAUGCAGCCUCCGCAGCACCCACCGGGGCCCGGGCAGCCAUCGCCACCUCCUGAGGCGCUGCCCUGCCGGGACAGCGCGGACCCAACCCAACCAGCCGGACUCCUUGGGGAAGUGGACCGCACGGAGUUUGAACAGUAUCUGCAUUUCGUGUGCAAACCCGAGAUGGGCCUCCCUUACCAGGGCCAUGACUCUAGUGUGAAUCUCCCGGACAGUCACGGGGCUCUCUCCUCCGUGGUGUCUGAUGCCAGUUCUGCGGUAUAUUACUGUAAUUAUCCUGACGUUUGA